AUGUUGUAUGGAGGAUUUCAACAUUGUGAAGGCGCGGUGGCAGGGGACGAAGUUGGCGAAGGAGGAGAAGAACCGGCAGAUCGCUGCGGGGCGGAGCUUGGUGGCUGGGAUGCCGUCGGAGGCAGAGCAGGGGCAGGGGACGACAGCAACGUUGUUGGCGCCUUCGGGAGAGAUCGGACGGCGAGGACAACGACGAUGAGUUUCUGGCCGGCGUGUGCUCCCGGCGGGGUCUUUUUUUAG